AUGAUAAUCCCAUUUUGUUUUCUCCUGCUAGGGAAAGGUGAACAUGGGAAACCUUAUCCCCUCACUGAAGAAGACCACGAUGACUCAGCUUACAGGGAAAAUGGUUUCAACAUUUUUGUCAGCAACAAUAUUGCUCUGGAGAGGUCCCUGCCAGAUAUUCGCCAUGCUAAUUGUAAGCACAAGAUGUACCUGGAAACACUGCCAAACACCAGCAUCAUUAUCCCAUUUCAUAAUGAAGGUUGGACUUCACUCCUGCGGACCAUACACAGUAUAAUUAACCGAACCCCGGAGAGUCUGAUAGCAGAAAUCAUUCUAGUAGAUGACUUCAGCGAUAGAGAACACUUGAAGGAUAAGUUAGAGGAAUACAUGGCCCGAUUUUCCAAAGUAAGGAUUGUUCGCACCAAGAAGAGGGAAGGGCUCAUCCGGACCCGACUCCUGGGGGCAUCGAUGGCGAGAGGAGAAGUCCUGACAUUCCUGGACUCCCACUGCGAGGUCAAUGUGAACUGGCUGCCCCCCCUCCUUAACCAAAUUGCACUAAACCACAGAACCAUCGUGUGCCCCAUGAUCGAUGUCAUUGACCACAAUCACUUUGGGUAUGAGGCACAAGCUGGGGAUGCCAUGCGAGGCGCCUUCGACUGGGAAAUGUACUACAAAAGAAUCCCCAUCCCUCCAGAGCUCCAGAGGGCAGAUCCCAGCGACCCUUUUGAGUCUCCUGUUAUGGCUGGAGGUCUCUUUGCUGUGGACCGAAAAUGGUUUUGGGAGUUAGGUGGCUAUGAUCCAGGUUUAGAAAUCUGGGGAGGAGAACAGUACGAAAUCUCUUUUAAGGUUUGGAUGUGUGGAGGAGAAAUGUUCGAUGUCCCAUGUUCUAGAGUUGGUCAUAUCUACAGGAAGUACGUCCCUUAUAAAGUUCCAUCUGGGACCAGCCUGGCAAGAAACCUGAAGCGGGUGGCUGAGACCUGGAUGGAUGAAUUUGCCGAGUAUAUUUACCAGCGACGCCCAGAGUACAGGCACCUCUCCACGGGGGACAUCUCUGCCCAGAAGGAGUUACGCAAACAGCUCAAGUGCAAGGACUUCAAAUGGUUCAUGGCUGCGGUGGCCUGGGACGUGCCUAAGUACUACCCUCCAGUGGAGCCACCACCUGCUGCCUGGGGAGAGAUUCGAAAUGUGGCAGCCAAUCUCUGUGUGGACAGCAAGCACGGAGCCACAGGAACCGAGCUAAGGCUGGACAUCUGCGUCAAGGAUGGUUCUGAAAGGACGUGGUCUCAUGAACAGCUCUUUACUUUUGGAUGGAGAGAAGAUAUUCGACCUGGUGAGCCGCUGCACACCCGAAAAUUCUGCUUUGAUGCAAUCUCACACAACAGCCCAGUCACUCUCUAUGACUGCCAUGGCAUGAAGGGAAACCAGCUCUGGGGAUACCGGAAGGACAGAACCUUAUUCCAUCUUGUGAGCAACAGCUGCAUGGACUGCAACCCUGCAGAGAAGAAGAUUUUCAUGGCCAGAUGUGACCCUCUAUCUGAGACUCAGCAGUGGAUUUUUGAACAUAUUAAUAUGACUGUUUUAGAAAAAUUUAACCACCAUGCCAGCUCCUAGAAACAAAGAAGAAGAAAGGAAAGUGUGAUUACCUACAGAUUAUAAAAGUUAACUUUUCGUCAGCGUCUGGGUCAAAGGAGUCAGGAAUAACAUUUCCUCGAUCCAGGAAGCCUGGUUUACAGAUCUGUAAAUGCCACGUCAAAGUAGGUUGUCUCGAAGAACUUCCUGCAUCUGAAGAACUUGGCUGAGAACCUCACCAGCUGCUUCUGAGAACUUGAGACUAGCAGUUCCCUUGCUGGCCAAGGGCAGAGACUACUUAGGGACUUUUCAAAACAACUGCUGAGUUAAUAAAUCCUAGCAUUUCUCAGGUCAAAUCCUGCAGUAGUGAGUAGCUAUGAAUGGAUCCUAGCAUUUGGGUGGGAGGGGGGUGGAAAUAGAGUGCAUGACUGCUCUGACAACCUGAGGAUACCGCAGGCGUAGACCUAGCCACGCUGAAGGGGUGAGCUGUACUCUUUGGUGCCAUUCUCUAAGAAUGGGUGAAGCAGGUUUAACCCUUAAAAGUGCUGCAGAUGAUUUUAGAGUGCUCAUACCAUUCUGUUUUCUUGUUUUAUUUUUAAAUGAGGGUGUGCUAUGUAAUGUAAGACUUAAAUUAACCAUGAAAUGGACUUCCAGUGUUUCUAUUCUUGCAUCUGCCAUUUUCCUUUUAGAGCAGAAGUAACUUAUUGUUCCUAAAAGUUCAUGCUCCAUCAAUCAGAUGAAGUUCUAAUUCAGUGCCCUUGUAUGAAUCCAGUUUAAGAACAAAAUACUAUGCUACUAAGUGACUCCAAAGAGAAAGAUUUCACAGAAGCAGCAAAACCGUGUAGGGUUUAGGAGGGGGAUUUCCGUAGGAAAUCUAUUUUUACUUUUCUAUUAUUUUUAGAAUUUUAAAAGUCUGAUGUUUGUCCAGUCAUAAUUUUUAUUAAGGAAGAGAAUGGAGUGAGGUUGAUGUAAUUUGUUUAAGGAGAUUCUUAAACCCAAAUAAAUCUACACUCCAAGUGACGUGUGAAAAUGUCUUGGUUCACUUCA